AUGCUUUCAAAGACUUUUACUGCUCUGCUGCUCGGGGCGGCUCACGUACGCGCCCAGCAGCCGCUCCGGGUCAUCCAGUUCAACAUUCGCUAUGCCAACGACGAUAUCAGCAUUGGUGAUGUUGAACGGUACUGGCUUGGACUGUCAUGCGCCAGCGAUGCGACACAAUGCCGCGCACCAGGUGUCAUUACCACUCUGGUUGACCAGGCUAAUGAGGUCUCUAACGUUGCUGUCAUCGGCCUGCAGGAGGUGCUCGAGAAACAACUAAACGACAUCAUGACCUCGUUCGGCUCCGACUGGGCAAGCAUCGGCGUGGGUCGCGACGACGGAGACAAGGGCGGGGAGUUCAACCCCAUCAUCUACAGGAAGGACGUUUUCCAGGUCGAGCACUCGGAGACGAAGUGGCUCUCCAACACGCCGGACACGCCCUCCAAGGACUGGGGCUCGGGCAGCAACCGCAUCGUCACCAUCGCCGUGUUCAAGCACACGGCGACGGGCAGGCGGUUCAUCCACGCCAACACGCACCUGGACAACGCGAGCGGCGAGGCGCGGACCAACCAGAUCGGCGUGGCGGUGGACAGGAUCAAGGCCGUCGACGCGCGGUUCGGCCCGGACCUGCCGGUGGCGCUCACCGGCGACUUCAACGCCGGGGAGGCGGACGGCGCGUACACGACCCUCGUGGGCGAGAGGUACGUCGAGGACCUGUACAAGCUCGCGUCGAGCGGCCAGCGCACCGGGGAGGCGGGGACCUACACCGGGUUCAACGACGAGUACAACUCGCGCAUCGACUACAUCUGGAUCGGCCCCCAGGGCAAGAACCGGUUCUCGGUGAACGGGUACAAGACCCUGGGUAACCUUGUGAGCGGGGUCAAGAUUAGCGAUCACAGGCCCGUGAUUGGAGAUUUGACUCUGAACUAA